AUGGAAGCGCUGAAGGAUGAAAUUCGUGAAAAACUGGAGAAAAUCGAACCCGAGCUUGAGGGAAACAGACUCGAUGGGGAGGUGAAGCUGAUUUUGGACCUCGUUGCGACGAUCAAUACGACGACGGUAGAAGAAAAUGGCGUGAUAAUCGAUAUCGCGGAAGAGUUCUUCAAUGUGAAAACAACGGCAAAAAGCUACGACGCAAUAAUCCUAAACUACCCGCCGCAAAUACCCGCCGACGGGCAUUUAUUGUCUCAAAAAUCACUCCAGAUAUUCGAGAAGAUUCUACCGGAAGAUGGAUUUCUCUUCUUCCCCGAGCUGAAUAAGCCUCAAGCCCAAAACCUGGCUGCAGUAGAGAUUCGCCACCUCCUUGAAGUGUUCCAGCUUUCCCGUGAGCCAACGAGCACGGAGAGGGCCCUCAUUCACGCUGGGGUGUCAUCGCUCCAAUCCGCCAGCAAAGCCGGAUCCCUCGAACCAAAAUUCCUUGAAGCAAUUUUUACAAAAAUCCCGGAUAAAUUUCUGAACUUGUCUGGCCAUCCGGAUAUUGAAACAGCAACUUUCCGCAGCGAUCCGGAUUUC